AUGGCUUCAUCAGAGGAAUACAAAAUCACCAAACUCAAUAGCAAUGACUUCAACGAGUGGGCUGCUCUCUUUCGAGCUUAUAUCGAUUUCUACGAAACCACAAUUCCCGAGGAGCAAUACCGCAAGACCUUUGAACGAAUAAUUGAUACCAAGUCUGACCUCUACGGGUUGGCAAUGAGACGGCAGCAAGACGGAUCCAGCGAUGGAAAAAUGAUUGCGAUUGCACACUUCUUCCCUCAACAAACCCCGUGGAGUGAGAAAAAUAUUAUGCUAUUGAACGAUCUCUUCGUAGACCCAGCAAUUAGAGGAAAAGGCCUGGGUCGCAAGGUGAUCCAGGCUGUGGCAGACAUCUCGAAAGAAAUGGGAUGCCUUCGACUUCAAUGGCUCACGAAACAUGAUAAUCUUACUGCCCGUCGCCUCUAUGAUACGAUGGCAGACGCGUCGUUCGUUCAGUAUCGCAUGGGAAUUUGA